ACAAGGACAAGCUGGAGCAGGUGAAGAAGGAGCUGGAGGAGAAUUUCAUGGAACAGAAGGAGCAAUUGGAGAAGCAGCUGACCGACAAGCUGGAAGAUUUGAGACGGAAGAUGGUGGUGAAGGAGGAACGAGAGAUCCAGAAAUUGAUCGCCGAGAUGGACGAGGCGAAGUUGGAGAACCUGAAAAAGGUGAAGGCUGAAUUGGAAGUGUGCUACGAGAAGGAGAGACAAGAGAUCCUGACGAAUCUGAAGACCGAGCUCGACGAGAGGAAAGGUGAAUUGUUGGAACUACGGAAUCAGGAAAUGGGAAAAUUGGAGAACGAGCACGAACGCGACCUCGACGAGGAGAAACUGGCGAAACUCAGCGAGAUCAAACUGACGAAGCAACACUCGGCGAGAAUAAAAGCGAUGAAGACGGAAUUGGAUAAAGAGUUCGACGAGUUGCGAACUCAGCUGCGUGUGCAACAGAAGGAGAACAUUACGAAAAUCACGGAGGAGCACGAGAAACGUCUAGUCGAAAUUCUACGCGAUUUUAAAAUCAACGUGAGUACCUGACGAUGUCUGUUAUCCUAAUUGUAAGUACCCUGUGCAACUCUGUACACUUUGUUAUUGCGCAACGUAUCAUUUUCCUGUCCCUACCGAAGAUUUAUUUUUCUCGUUGAAUUGCGUAACCGUCGGUUUAACGACCACGUUGUUUCUUAAGGAUACUAGGUUAUGGGUACGAUGCGAACAAUGUUAUGCAACGAUUGGUUAACUCGUUACAUACGUGCAAUUUCUUUCUGCGAACGCGAUAAAGCGGCAGCUCGUCGGUUCCUUUGGCGUAAAUAAAUAUGUCAUCCCCUUCCCCAUUUUCCUUCGCUUAUUGUGCAAUACCGUCCAGAUCCGAGCGUCUCGUAGAUUAGCUUUAAGAC